UGAGGGAAGGAGGUCUCCCUGGAUUUGGGCACAGGGGCUGCCAGGCUUUUGAUCUACAGGUGUUGGAUGCCUGGUUGUCUGAGCUCUGUGUGAAUGUGAGGAUUACAGGAAAGCCCUGUGCAUGGCUGCGAGGCAUUGAUAUGCUUAAUGCUGGAGUGGGCGAUGAGCUCAGGUUCCACCCUCCCCAUCAAUCUGCAGGAGACCCCCCUUCCAGCUCAGAGUUGCUGCGGUCACCUCCUUGGGAAGGACACCAGACAACUGGGAGCAGCAGGAAAGUUCAGGAGUUUGCAGGAAAAAAUAAGGAGAAAGUCAAUGACAAUUAAGGAAUCUUAAGAAGAAGGAUCUGGGAGGCGCAGAUCUGUGAAGGCUACACGUGGGGGCUCCUGGAGGUGGGAGAAGGCUCCCCCAUUGAUGCCUACAUCAGCUUUCUUUUGCCAUUCUUCUGAGGAGGUGAAAGGGAUGAGACAUUUGCAGAAGAGAGUACAGGAACUCUAAUUCGACCAAGGGAGGAGGGAGACUGUCCUGUGUAAGAGAAGAGAGACUGCCCUUCUUGGAAGCCCCCAAGAGACUGCUCAGAGAGGACAAAGUUGGACAAGGAGUCCUGGUGGCUGAGGAGGUCUGGGGAGUCAGUUGAGGUUCAGCACCUUGGAGAGCGCCUGAGUUCAGGACCUGCACAGGCUGGUUCAGAAGACUUCCUUCAUCGGUCCUUUUUUUUUCUUUUUUAAAGUCCUUUUUAUUUUUUACUUAUUUGGGGUUUUAGAAAGGCUUCAAGAUUUCGUCGAAAAGCAGGCAGGAGGAACGGCCAGCUCUCAGCCGGCUGGUGGCCAGGAAGCGGCUCGUCGCCGCCGGAGCCCUGGGGGUGGUGAUGGUCCUCCUGCUGGUCAUCCUGAUCCCGGUCCUGGUCAACUCAGCCGGGACCUCUGCACACUACGAGAUGCUGGGCACCUGCCGCAUGGUCUGCGACCCCUAUGGGACCAAGCCCCCCAGUACUGCCACUGCAGAGACGGUGCGGGAUCAUAGCCUUCUUCAGUCCUUACCCACCUUCAUCCAAGGACCUAAAGGGGAAUCUGGGCGACCGGGAAAAGCGGGUCCUAGAGGACCUCCGGGGGAACCAGGACCUCCUGGACCGAUGGGACCUCCGGGAGAGAGGGGCGAGCCGGGCAGACCCGGUCUUCCAGGACCCCCUGGAGCACCAGGGCUAAAUGCUGCUGGGGCUAUUAGCGCUGCCACCUACAGCACCGUGCCCAAGAUCGCCUUCUAUGCCGGGCUCAAGAGGCAGCACGAAGGGUACGAGCUGCUCAAGUUUGACGACGUGGUCACCAACUUGGGCAACCACUACGACCCGACUACAGGCAAAUUCACCUGCUCCAUCCCGGGCAUUUAUUUCUUCACCUACCAUGUCCUGAUGAGGGGUGGAGAUGGCACCAGCAUGUGGGCAGAUCUCUGCAAAAACAACCAGGUCCGGGCAAGUGCGAUUGCGCAGGACGCUGACCAGAAUUACGACUAUGCCAGUAACAGCGUGGUCCUACACCUAGAGCCUGGUGACGAAGUAUAUAUUAAACUGGAUGGCGGGAAAGCCCAUGGCGGUAACAACAACAAAUACAGCACAUUCUCUGGAUUUAUCAUCUACGCUGACUGAGAAUACCUCGCCUAUGGCAAAGACUUGUAUCUUUCCAUACGUAGCCCAGAUUCUUUGGGCUACAGACUCUUUAGUGCUGGAGGACACUUCUUAUUAUGGACUCAGUACAGUUUGGAGAUCCACUGCUACCUGACUAACCUCUGUACGCCUCAAAAAAUAAAAAACCUAUACAUAAUACAUAUAUACAUACAUGUUGUACAAGUAACACAGAUGUGACACCCCUUACCACCAAAGCCGAAAUUCCCUGUCUGUGCCUGUGUGAAUGAAAUCCUAUACAAUACCAAUUUUAUAUACAAAAAAAAAAGAAAAAACAGAAGACAAAAAAAUAACCCCAACUAUAUGGUAUCAAUAUCCUAUAUCCUUGCUGUUUACCCAUGUGUCAGCUUUGGACUUUGUGAGUUGCCUGCCAGUGUAAUGCUUGGACUUCAUUAGUGCUAUGGCCAAAGGGAAGGCUCUAUUUGGGCAUCAGGGUGGUCAACGCUUUGGAAAGGUGGAAGAACUGGAAAAACAGAUAGAAAGAGAGAUGAUAAAACUGUGAAGCUUCUAUAUAUUCUGUUAAUCACAUUUUAAAAUGCAUAUAUUGAAGAAAUGAGAAGCAUCUACACUUGUUCAUAUAAAGUUUAUAUUUAAUACUCAGAAA